AUGGGGGAGGAGAGGGAGGAGUGGCCCACGGGAGAGGAGGCGCGCCUGCCCAUCACGGAGGAGAUGCAGGAGCUGAUGCUGGCGGCGGCGCAGUACACAGAGCUGGCCACCUCCUUGCGACAGAAGGGGGAGACAGGCCGCGCCGUGCGCACCAUGGAGCGGGCAGUGGGCAUGUGCGCCAAGAGCGAGUACGACCACCCGGCCCUGGCAGUGGAGACAGCGAGGGCGCGGAUCAACCUGGCGGCCGCGCUGUCCGAGGCGUCGAGGCACCGGGCGGCUUUGGGGGCGGUGAAGCGGGCGCAGGGCGCCUUGGGGCGUGUCCUCGCCUGGGCGGAGGCGUGCCCCCAGGACUUUGGCGUGAAGAGCAUCUCCGAGGAGGCCCGGGCGCUGCGCUGCGCGGCGCUGGUGGCGGAGUCCAUCCAGAUGGAGCUCUGCCCAGGCGGCGUGCCAGAUAGCGCGGAAGACGCCCCGGAAAGAACUGCUCCGUGCCUUGCGCCAAAGGUGACGCUGCCGCAGAUCCAGCGGAGUGCCAGGGCCAAGGAGGAGCAGAUGCCCCCAGCGCCGGUGAAGCGUGGGGCGUCCCACCGCCGGGUAGGAAGCGAGCCGAGGGCCUCGGCCAAGCUGCCGGUGAGGCCCCGCGCUGGCACGGAGGAGCGAUCCGACGUUUUCUCAGACUUCCUCCGGAAUGUGGAGGCUGAGCGUGUAGCGCGGCUGGGGUCGUUGACCGACUGGGAGGAGCACGCGAAGCGGCGGCUGGGGCAGGUGCACCGAUCGGCCCAGCUGCAGCUGGACCUGGGCGGAGACGAGGAGCUCAAGGAGAAGAGGUACACCCACACGGGGCACCAGGUCUUUAUGAAGGCCAUGAGGAAGGCGAACCGGUGCUGGAGCGACCCGGUGCUGGUGCAGGAGGCGGCCAAGGAGAAGGCCACCCCCGAGAUCUGCCAGAUCCGGAAGCUGAACCGGCAGCUCUACGUGAAGCCCCCGACCCCGCCCCCGGCGCCCACGAAGCCCAAGGUGGACCAGUCCUUGGCCAACAACCUGCGGAGCAACCAGAGUCCUUCAGCCGUGGAGGAGACGCCUACAGUGUACGAGAGCCGGCCGCAGCAGAGCGCGGCGGCCGCGGCGGCCGCGGCUGGCUACGGGGAGACUGCCGCAGCAAGGGCACUUAUCGAGCAAGCUGCGGCGGCAGCGCCCACGGUUUUUGAGAGCCAGCCGCAGCAGCGCUCGGCGGACGCCUCCUUCAGCGUCGCCGGCGGAGAGAGCCACGGGGCCAGCUGUUGGGAGAGCCAGCCGGCCGCCUCCAAGGCCGACGCCUUGCACAGAGGCGGCGCCAAUGAUGCCGCGGAGCUCAUCCAGAGCGCCGCGGAGCAAUAUUCCUCCGGGCAGAACGUCGUGUACGAGAACGCGCCUUUGGCCAGCGGCGCGCAUGCCUGCCAUGGCGCCGCGGUGCAGGCAGAGACAGCGACGGUCUACGAGAGCAAGCCGAGCGCCUCCCGCGCGGACUUUGUGGCGGGCCACGUGCGGCACACGGACAGCGCCAGGCGGCUGAUCGAAGAGGCCGCAGCGCAGGCGGAGCAGAACCAGAGCCCCGCCCAGGCCCAGGCCGCCAGGGCGCUUGCGACGGAGGCGGAGCAAUUGAUCCAGCAGGCGUUUGUGGAGCAGGCGGCCGGCGCAGGCAGCUUCGUCUACGAGAGCAAGCCCUUGGAGAGCUCCGCCUACGCGCGGCACGGCCAGGAGGGCGUCGCCAGCGACGAGGAGUCGGAGGAGGAGGAGGAGACCAGCGGAUGA